AUGAGUCCAGUUGCCGACCGGGUGAGGGUGAACGGCAGACAGGCGACCGGACACCGAGUAGGCCCGGGACGCGCCAAGAUACCGGAGCGGUACGUGAGUGAACAGUCGCUGGAGAGGUACACGGAGACGGCCGAGCCCGCGUUGUUUGGCGAAGCCGAGUCUCGAGGGGUGGGGAAGAAGAGUCGCGUGGCGGCGCCUCAGUCAUCUGCUCGUGCGGCCAGAUCGCACUCCCUUCAGCCUCUCGAGUCUGGCGGCGCCGACCGGCCCGCCCCCCGAGAUCGAGUCCCUUCGACUGGUGAGCGCCAAUGCCCGAGUCCGGAGGCGUCGACCGCGGCACUCGGACUGCCCCCGGACCGCGAGUUGGCCCGACAGGCCGACGUCGACCCGGCCUCGAUCCGCCAUUUCUACGUGAAGCGGCUCAACGGCAGUCUUGGAUUGAGCAUAGUUUCUGCGAAGGUAAGCGACUCCCUUUCGUGUUGA